GGCGUUGGUACUACGCCACGGUGCGGUCGCACCACGAGACGAAUGAACGGUUGUUGAAGCAGCAGCGUGAAUUGAUGGAACUGGUUUUUCUUUCCCAGGGAGGGGAGAAUGCCGUGCGCCAUGUGCUGACGAUGAACGAAGAAAUGAGGAGCUCAGCGCUUCUAAACUGUUGGAUGAUGCAGGAGAAAAUGCGGGAAUUUGAGAAGCGGACACAAGAACUGCAGAACGAGCGUUCACACGUAGAGGCCGAGAUACAAAAACAGGAGCAGAAUCUGCAGGUGAUGCGAGGCCUUCUUCAGAAAACUUUGGAGGCAGUGCAGCGGGCCCGCGACGGUGGUGCGAAACAUCAUGUGCCAGAGAGCACAAACGUUGCAACCUUUGUUUCCGAAAGAACGUCCGCAGGACCCACCGUAUCAACUGCGACCAUGACAGCGCCUCCAACCACGAGUGUGCCUGCGCCUCCAACUGCGAGUGUGCCUGCGCCUCCAACUGCGAGUGUGCCCGCGCCCCCAACCACGAGUGUGCCUGCGCCUCCAACUGCGAGUGUGCCCGCGCCUCCAACUGCGAGUGUGCCCGCGCCUCCAACUGCGAGUGUGCCCGCGCCCCCAACCACGAGUGUGCCUGCGCCUCCAACUGCGAGUGUGCCUGCGCCUCCAACUGCGAGUGUGCCUGCGCCUCCAACCACGAGUGUGCCUGCGCCUCCAACCACGAGUGUGCCCGCGCCCCCAACUGCGAGUGUGCCCGCGCCCCCAACCACGAGUGUGCCCGCGCCUCCAACCACGAGUGUGCCUGCGCCUCCAACUGCGAGUGUGCCUGCGCCUCCAACCACGAGUGUGCCUGCGCCUCCAACUGCGAGUGUGCCUGCGCCCCCAACUACGAGUGUGCCCGCGCCCCCAACCACGAGUGUGCCUGCGCCUCCAACUACGAGUGUGCCUGCGCCUCCAACCACGAGUGUGCCUGCGCCUCCAACUGCGAGUGUGCCUGCGCCUCCAACUGCGAGUGUGCCUGCGCCUCCAACUACGAGUGUGCCUGCGCCUCCAACCACGAGUGUGCCUGCGCCUCCAACUGCGAGUGUGCCUGCGCCUCCAACUGCGAGUGUGCCUGCGCCUCCAACUACGAGUUUGCCUGCGCCUCCAACUGCGAGUGUGCCUGCGCCUCCAACUGCGAGUGUGCCUGCGCCUCCAACUACGAGUGUGCCUGCGCCUCCAACCACGAGUGUGCCUGCGCCCCCAACUGCGAGUGUGCCUGCGCCUCCAACUACGAGUUUGCCUGCGCCUCCAACUACGAGUGUGCCUGCGCCUCCAACUACGAGUUUGCCUGCGCCUCCAACUGCGAGUGUGCCUGCGCCUCCAACUGCGAGUGUGCCUGCGCCUCCAACUGCGAGUGUGCCUGCGCCUCCAACUGCGAGUGUGCCUGCGCCUCCAACUGCGAGUGUGCCUGCGCCUCCAACCACGAGUGUGCCUGCGCCCCCAACUGGGCCGAGGUCUGGUGGUGCGAAGGCAUCUUUUUCUUGA